AUGGCUUCUACUGUGUUAAAAGCAGCUUUUUUAAUUGGAAGCGGUUUUGCGACCGCCCUAUUCUACACUAGAAUUCGAAAAGUUCAGGAAAACAACCGAUGCACCACAAGCAACCGGACGACAGCAGAAGCGGAAACGGCGAUUGCUGAUUUGACACGCAACGAGCGUCGGUUUUUGCAAUUCGCUUCCGUCGAAUACGGGUGGCAGAUUUACAUGACACCACAGGACUUUUUGCAGUCGGUUCUAGAACGAUAUCCUCUGCCUUGCCUUAGACGUCGGAUUCUGACAGAUAACGAGGUUUCGCAAUUCCAAGCCGCUGUGAGUCCGGUAAGCCAAAGCAAUGUCAAUUUCUUUCGAAAUGCAUCCGAUAAGGGUAUCAUUUCGUUUAUGGAUUACCUGUUUUUGAUUUCGGUACUAACUCGGCCUGAAAGUGGUUUCCGCCUGGCUUUCAAUAUGUUUGACAUCGAUGGUAACCACCGGAUAAAUCGGAAAGAGUUUUUGGUAGCUCGAAAACUGCUGGGAAAUUCCAUCCGUCAACGUAAAGUUAAUGUCGACGCUAGAAAAACGCUAACGCAGCUCGAAUACUCCACUGCGAUGACCACUUUGCAGGUCCAUUUUUUCGGAAUAGAAGGUAGCGGUUCGUUGUCAUACGAGGAAUUUCAUCAUUUCGUGAAAAAUCUUCAAACCGAGAUUCUGCAGAUCGAAUUCGGACGAUACUCGCAAAAUGGCGUAAGUAUCACAGAUGAAAAUUUCGCUAGGAUACUGUUGCGGUAUACACAUCUCGAGCCACAUCAUUAUGAAACAAUUAUCGGGCGAUUAAGCAGUCUAGAGAAUCAUCACGAAGUAUCUUACGAAGAGUUUGAGCAGUUUUGCAAAGUGCUACGCAAUAUGAAAGAUUUUGUUCUGGCAAUGCGAGUUUUCCACUCGCUAAAUGGCAGUAUUUCGCGAGAUGAGUUUUCGCGAGCCGUAACUAUAUGUUCCGAUUCAGUGAUGAAGAUCGAACAUCUGAUCGAUAUCGUGUUUGCCAUGUUCGACGAGAACGGUGAUGGUCGGAUGUCGUACGAUAAAUUUUUACUUGUCAUCAAAAACCAUUUCCAGUUUCUGAACGACCGAAGGUUAGUCGGCUGGAAGGCAUUCAAACGCUGCUGCCGGCGAGAGAUACGUAGAACCUAG